UUGGUCGGAGCGCCCGCCGCUCACGGUCCGGGGUUGCGGGAUCCCGUCCGCGGGAGAUGCUACUGCGGAGGGUGGUCGGGGGAGGCCGGGCGGUAGCCGCCGCGGCCCGUGGCUCGGGGGCUCGCCGGUUCUCCAGCCCAGACUGCUGCCAGAGGCUUCCUGGAGGUGGCAGCUUUCUUCAAAGGCACCAUCCCGGAGCGCAAGCCCCUGAUGGGCGCAGAAAAUUCGGGACAGACAACGUACAGGUGGGCUCCCAAGCAGGUGCGGACGGCACCAGGCCGCCCAAGGCAUCGCUGCCCAGUGGGGGCCCCUCAGAACCCCAGUACCCGCUGCCACCUGAGCUCCAGCCGCCCACAAACUGCUGCAUGAGUGGCUGCCCCAACUGCGUGUGGGUGGAGUACGCGGACAGGCUGCUGCAGCACUUCCAGGACGGUGGGGAGCGGGCCCUGGCUGCCCUGGAGGAGCACGUGGCUGAUGAGAACCUCAAGGCCUUCCUCAGGAUGGAGAUCCGGCUUCACACCAGGUGCGGAGGCUGAGCCAGCCCUGCUGGACUCCCUCCACAGGACGGAGCCCAGGACGUAGCCACAGCCUCCUUCCUUCACACCCCCUCACGGACUCCUUGUGUCCAACGGGAAUAGGAAGAAUUAUUUAUUGACUUCACCUGAGAAAAAAAUAAAUUCUCUGUGGUGGUUUCACAGGAA